AUGUCUGCCAGCCGCACCAAGUGGAGUGAUGUGGAGGAAGCCCUCCUUAUGGAGGUAUACCCUCAGAGUAGGGUUGCUGGUGGAAAUCUCGGUUGGGGGGAGAUUGCAGCUCUCAUGAACGCAAAUGCUGCAUCUCGUGGGAUUGAGGUUCUCCGAACCUUCCGUGAGAAUACGGUUCGUUCCCACUGGAACGAUCGCGUAGAUCUGGUCAGUAUUUCCGCAAUUUCUACACCUCGAAUCGGUCAUCUAACAAGUCAACAGCUGUUGGCGAGAUAUGGAAAUGGCGGACGGGUUGCUGGUUUUGCUGCUGGUGCUCCCUCCUCCUCCAGCGGCAGUUCUUCUGCUUUCAACUCCCGCGAAAGCACCAUGGAGCCUCCCUCUCGUUCUGCUUUCCGUGUUGCGGUUGCUGCCUCCAAUGCGCCAGCCAUCAACCACCAUCCCGACGGACCUCCAGGUUGGGUCGAAGGGCCUGUUUUGCUGCGUGGUAUGUCCAAUAUGUCCUCCAAACAUCUGGUAAUCAAUGCUAACUUCGACAAAUAAAAGCUCCGUUUUCUGGCUGGACUCCAAUCAACCAAGGAGCUCGCCCCUCUGCUGCCAGCCCCUAUCCUGCCAUAUACCAUAGAAGCCAAAGCGUCGAUGCCGAGAACCCUUCCAUGCCAACAUCAAAGUCUUCUCGUGAAAGCGAGAAUGUGUCUUCCGGCGGCGGAAUGACCGAACAGGAGGAGAGUAUAGGGGCAGAGGGAGGAGGUAGUCAGAAGAGUGAGAGAAUUGAAUCAUCUGCGGAUGAGGGCGUCUCAGACUUAGAGGCAGAAGAGCCAAAGAGAAACAGAAGAUCCAAGAAGCAGAAGACAGCUGGCUUAUUAGAAAUGUUUGAUAUCUGA